GAAGAAGAAGAAGAAGCGAGCCGCCACACCGGCUUCCAGGCGGGAGUGUUUCAGGAUGGAGAGAGGAAUGAAACGGCCACGAGAAGAAGCAGACGGUGUUGUGCGUGAGAAGCAGGCUUGUGCUGCGGACUUCAGGCGCUGGGACGUGGCCGAAACGGGCUUCUAUCUGCGCAGAGAAGGACUCGAGCGGUGGGAGCAGAUGUUCAGAGAACAUGGCAUAACCGGGCCAGGCCUGCCGUUCCUCACCGAAGCGCAUUUGGAGAAGAUGGGUGUUUUCCCUCUGGGAUCACGCCUGCAAAUCCUCCACUGCCUGCAGAAACUCUGGCAAGUCUCCAAUGAGUCCAUGAAGGUGUUGAACGACCCGAUCCACGGCCACAUCGAGCUGCACCCUCUGCUGCUGCGCUUCGUAGACACGCCUCAGUUCCAGCGGCUGCGCCACAUCAAGCAGCUGGGAGGGACUUACCUGGUGUUCCCCGGGGCUUCUCACAACCGCUUCGAGCACUCCGUCGGGGUGGGAUAUUUGGCCGGAUGUCUAGUGCAGGCUCUCAAUGAAAGACAGCCGGAGCUCCUCAUAACAAAGCAAGAUGUUCUGUGUGUGCAGAUCGCUGGCCUGUGCCAUGACUUGGGUCAUGGCCCGUUUUCUCAUAUGUUUGAUGGCAUGUUCAUCCCUAAAGUUCGACCUGGAGAGAAAUGGAAGCACGAGAUGGCCUCGGUUCAGAUGUUUGACCACCUGGUGAGAGUGAACGGUCUGGAGGAGGUCAUGGAGCGCCACGGGCUGACUCUUCCUGACGACCUGGUGUUCAUUAAGGAGCAGAUCGCCGGGCCGCUGGAUAGCUCCGUCUUAAACAGCUCGUGGCCAUAUAAGGGCAGGCCGAUGGAGAAAUCGUUCCUGUAUGAGAUCGUAGCAAACAAAAGAAAUGGCAUAGAUGUGGAUAAGUGGGAUUAUUUUGCUCGUGAUUGCUAUCAUCUCGGCAUUCAGAACAACUUCGACUACCAGCGCUUCCUCAAAUUUGCACGAGUGUGUGAAGUGAGAGGAAAGAAGCACAUCUGCACCAGAGACAAGGAAGUUGGCAAUCUCUACGACAUGUUCCACACUCGUAACUGCCUCCAUCGCCGGGCGUAUCAGCACAAAGUGGGCAACAUCAUCGAGACCAUGAUAACGGAGGCUUUUGUAAAAGCUGAUCCUCAUAUUCAGAUCCUGGGCUCUUCUGGGAGGAUCUUCAGCAUCUCUUCAGCUAUAGACGACAUGGAGGCCUACACCAAACUCACAGAUCACAUAUUUGAGCUGAUUCUGUACUCGUCUGCGCCGGAGCUGUCUGAGGCACGAGCCAUCCUGCACAACAUCGUCUGCAGACGGCUGUACAAGUGUGUGGGUCAGACCACGCCAGAGAUGCACCUGGACGCCUCACCGGAGAAGCUGCUUGACUGGGCAAAGGAGGUCGCCGGUUCAAAGCCCAGCGGCACAGACGCCAACCUGACAGCGGAGGACUUUGUAGUUCGUGUCAUUCACAUGGAUUAUGGAAUGAAGGAGAAAAACCCCAUUAACAAUGUCCACUUCUACUGCAAGAAAGAUCCCACCAAAGCCAUCAAGAUCCGCAAAAAACAGGUGUCCAAACUGCUGCCGGAGCGCUUCGCCGAGCAGCUGAUCAGGGUUUACUGUAAGAAGACGGAUGACAAGAGCCUAGAAGCUGCUAAGAAGUACUUCGUCCAGUGGUGCAUGGACAGGAACUUCACCAAACCUCAGGAUGGAGAUAUAAUUGCUCCAGAGCUCACCCCACUCAAACGUGACUGGCACACGCUGGAGCGAGACGACGAUGACAGCGAGCUCGAUGACAACGCUGAAGACAAUCAUCUCGGACUGAGAGAUGAAACGCCCAGGAAGACUGGACGUAAUGUGAAAGUCAACCUCUUUCAUGCUCCGGGAGAAAGCAGACUCUGAAUCACUGGCCCUGUUCUUCUCUCAUUGAGAAUAUUUGGAGCGAUCACCAGAUGCUCAUUCUAUCUCAACAGUGCUUUUGAGCUUCGUUUAAUCUGUGUUUUGCCUCUGUUUGCUUUUAUUUUCAGCUUUAAUAUCAUGUUCAUUGCCAGGGUUUUAAUACUACUCGCACCUCUGACGCUUUAUUAUACAUCAAUCCAGAAUGAAUGUCUCUCUCCGCCAUCUAUUAUGUUUCGAUGCAGAGGGAAGCGUUAAAUGCGUUUUGGCAUUGUUUCGUUUUUUUUUUUUUUUUUUUUUUUUUUUUUAAAGCUUUUUUUC